UAUGUCUCUCUGUUUCUAUAAAUCCAAGAUUUCGGCAGCCACUGUGGAGUUGGAAACAAGAAAACCAAAUUAGAAUGAAAAGGAAGUUAAUGGAUCAGAAUAUGGGAUCAGAGAUUAGAUGUGCCAUUGAAGAACUCUCCGUUAUGGUCAAGGUUAAAGGUGCUAUAUUGGUCCCAGCGGCUGAACAUGGUGGUGGUGAUCAUGCUCACGAGGCUGCUCAUAUUCCCACCAGGCCUUUUCUUUCUCUCUGCAGCUUGCUUCUUCAAGUUCUUGAUAAAAUAGGACCUACAAUGGCUGUUCUAAGCCAAGAUAUUCAUCAAAAUAUUCGGAGAUUGGAAACGAAACAUGAAUCAGAUCUUUCGACAUAUUCAAAUAUGGUUGAGAUGUUGAAAAAUGAGGCGACUGAAGGCAUUGCUAGAAACGUUACCAGUUGUAGUAGAGCCUUUGUUUGGCUUACCAGAUCCCUAGAUUUUACCGUGGCCUUGUUGCAAAAUUUAGUGAGAGAUCCCGGGCAGAAUAUGCAGCAGGCAGUGGAAGAGUCUUAUAACAUUACUUUGAAGCCAUGGCAUAGGUGGAUUUCAUCAGCUGCUUCUAAAGUAGCCCUAAUGCUAGUGCCUGACAAUGAAACAUUCAUUAGUAGCCUCAUGGCAAAAGAUGAAAACUAUGACAACUUGAAACUGGAAAUAGAGAACUUGGUUUCCUUACUCGUGCCUUAUCUGGAAGAAAUCCACUCGAUUCUGGUUAAGUAUUCAACCACCCAACGCUUACCGGAUGCUUCUUCUUUGGCUAACAUAUCUUUUGACAUGUUUGAUUAUGCUUGGUUUUUGCAGAGAUUUUAUCACUUGGAUAGGUUGAAGUCUAACUGAGGUACACAGUCGGUUUCCAGCAUCAGGCAUCACUUGGAAAUGAGGACAUGAUCCUUAGAAAGUGUUUUGAGGAUUCAUUAGCUCCAAUUGCAAUUAGCUGUUAUGGAAUGAUUAAAUCACAAAUACUAUGCUUGAUUUGCUGAGAGGGAUGCGGUCUGAAAGCUAAGGACUCACAAGUUUAGCAAGAGAGAUUAUGCAUUAAAUUUCUCUCAUGUGCAUCACAUACCUGUACAUGAAAUGAGCAUCAAUUUACUUAAUUAAAUCAUAGUCACUCGUUUUCAUUUGAAAAAAUAGAAGGCCGAGAUUUGAUGAAGUAAGUUAACGCUUAUUCCAUACACAUGUGCGUGAUACGUCUAAGAGAAAGUCUGAUGCAUGAAAUUCCUUUAUAUAUGAUUAUAGUUUGGGCUUAAUUAAGAGGUGUUUUCAUAAGGUUUCUAUAGUGAUUAUUAAGGCUAGGAAUAUCUAAGUUCAAGUAGCUGAUUAUAUCGUAGUUCAAGCCUGCAUGCUAUACCAUUAAGUGCAAAGGUAGAUUUUUGUCAUCAUUCUAAAGUGGUGGUAAUACUCAUUACCCUAUUUAUUACCA